CUGACUCUAUAAAGAAAAAGGCAAGUAGGAGAGGAGCGAGGAUCUCAUUCGUUCUCUCUCUUUUGCACCGCAUCAUCGUCUUCUCGCUUUCUGAUCGCUUCUUUUUCUCGGUUCAGCUAUGGCUUCGAAGAGGAUUUUGAAAGAGCUCAAGGAUUUGCAGAAGGAUCCUCCUUCUAACUGCAGCGCAGGACCUGUGGCUGAGGACAUGUUCCAUUGGCAAGCAACUAUCAUGGGACCUCCUGACAGUCCUUAUGCCGGAGGAGUCUUUUUGGUUUCCAUUCACUUCCCUCCUGAUUAUCCCUUCAAGCCACCAAAGGUGUCUUUUAAGACAAGGGUUUAUCACCCAAACAUCAACAGCAAUGGAAGCAUUUGCCUUGAUAUCCUGAAAGAACAGUGGAGUCCUGCUCUUACCAUAUCCAAGGUUUUGCUGUCGAUUUGCUCCUUGUUGACUGACCCGAACCCAGACGAUCCUCUUGUGCCGGAGAUUGCUCAUAUGUACAAGACGGAUAAAUCCAAGUACGAGUCUACCGCACGAAGCUGGACACAGAAGUACGCCAUGGGAUGAUAAGAAGAGACUUGAGUGGUCGAGAGAAGCCAAAGUGUUAAUGUUAUUCUGCAUCCAAAUAUUUUAAAAUUUUAAGAAAAAAUGCAUGUGUUGGGGUUUGGAAAACGCUACUUUAUGUGAUCAUAAUCGAGCAACUUAGAUGCUCUGCUUAAGCAUUAUUAUUAUCCAGCUA